AUGAGCACGAUUGACGAUAUCGCCACUCCCAUGGAAAUGAUGAUGGAAGAGAACGAACUACAGAAGCUUCAUCAGCAUGUGGCUACUUCCUCACCUGAAACAGCACCCACCGCUGAGCCUACUUCGCCGUCCUCCUUCUUCAUGACACCAGUGGCUUCUCCAAUGAAAGUUCACUCCAGUGAUCUGGGGCAUUCGCCACUGGCAUCACUGGUUGCCACCAACACUGUAUCACCAUUUGUUGCUGCGGACAGAAGUAACAGAAUGCCUAUGUUUGCCUUCUCAUCGAAUACCGUUGCUCCCACCCCUGGACCUUUAUCGUAUCGUAAUGCUUCGAGACGAAGGAGUACACGCAAGCCCACAGUUCCGUUGAACAUUUCGUUGGCCAAUCGACCCACCAAAGCUUGGUUGGCCAAACAAGGACAACUACCAGGACAACGAGACGCAGUGGUAGAUGAUGGCAGUUCGAGUAUGAGGAAGCGAACCGCUGGAGACGACAUGGCUGGUGGACAUAACAAGCGACAAAAGAAAUGGCACAAGACGGUUCCCAUCGAAACGGACUCUACCCGCCCGACCAAAUCAUGGCUUGCCAAAGUCGAAGCGAGCCGAGCCAUACAAGAUAGAUUACGACAACACCGACAACACCAACCCAGCAGAAUGGACUUUAGCACAACUGCAUGUCCUUACUUUGAAUCGACACAAACCUUGCAAACUCCAAAUGGGCAAUUCUUUAUUUAUGGGGAUCACCAGUGA